AUGCGUGUACCUCAUCCUCAUCCGCGUAUGGCCGAGGCGCGCAGGCGUCGCAUACUGGGAAUGGAGCCAGAGGACGAUGAUCUGCCAGAGGCUCAAAGGCCUUCAUACUCCCUUGAGACCGAGAUAACUUUUUCAGAAUCUCCGCAGUUGAGGUCACUGCGCAUGAUGGAUGAACAGCGUGUCAGAGCGCGCGAUCCCCUCGGUUUCGAAAGGCAACGAACAUCCAACGGCGAGGACGGUCCUCUGAUGCCACCAGUGCCCGAGUCGAGAGAUUAUGCUGUCGAUGUAAGAGAGAGACAGAGAGAAGUCCACCGGAUGCGACAGAUGGGACAAGAUCUUCGGAGAAUAGGACGAAGGAACCACGCGGCAACGCCCCCGUACACCGAUAGCGAUUUGGCUUAUCUGAGUAGAAUGGACCCUCCUAGGCUCUCUACGUCUUUGACUCCAGUUCUUUCGCCCUCUCACCAACCCACCCGACUCAGUGACUCCCCGCCCCGCCGAACCCUGGAGGAGCCUGAUAUCAGUUUCCCUUUCACUUUCAGUGGGUCAUCACAUACAGAAACCCCAGAAAGAGUUCAUGCGCUGAAUCAGACCGCAAGUAACCGGGAAAGAUUGCGAAGAUUGGCUCGACAGGCUCGGUUGGAUGGACUGGGUGAUCGAGACCGAAGUUUGAGCCCCGAAGGAGGUGCUGCUUGGGAUACGCUGCUUACAAGCAUUACACCCGAUCCUCAACCGCCAAGCGCGGGAUCAUCAUUUGUUUCCACUUCCGCAGCGGCAGCCGCAGCGACGUCUUCGGGGUCCUCUUCCACUAGAGCGGAGCACGAAUGUGAGGUAUCAGAUGGAUCGAACACCGAUGAUGAUGAGGAACCUUAUUAUAGGCUUCAAGAUUACAGCGGAAAUAGGAGAGACCGCUUUUGGAGAUCAUAUGCAGAAGUUGUUACUGCGAAUUUAGAUCGGGCUUCACGAAACGAGACGGACCACUUGACGAGAGCUUUCCUCCCAGAACUAUGGACGUCAUUGGGUUCCAAAGAUAGAUUCGGAGCUAUCUGGUAUUCAUGGACGGCUGGAUUGGGAGCAGAGAGGAGCAUUUCUGCUUCGGGAGAAACAACGAAUACGGCUUCCGCCCUCGCCAUCUUCCGCCGACCAGAUACCAGGCCAGCCAGCCCAACACCCGCCCCAAUCUACGACCCAGGCAAUACUAAAUCCUCUCAAUCCCGCGAUAGCGUGCGAUACCGCGGUUCGAAAACAAGGACCAGGUCCAUACACGCGAGCAUCCAUGGUUGGGAUGAGAUCCCCUACCUGCCAAAGCAUUCGACCUCUCCAGUCCUUCCUUUGAGACCCGUUCCUGCGGGCCUCGACGAUAUGGUCUCCCAUCCUCCCUCCGCGUCGGACCGGCAGACGAAUGGCAGAUCAGGAGGUAGCAACGGGCACGGGAGAGUAGAGAGGGCGCCGGGCACCCCGAGAAAAGAUGGCAGCGCGGGGAAGGUCGACAAGGCCGUUCAGGAUCCAGGGCUGAAGGACUACCGUCUAGGAGAAUGCUUAGGCAAGGGAGCUUUUGGAUCCGUUUACAAGGCUUUCAACUGGGGGACGGGAGAGGCUGUGGCUGUUAAGCAGAUAAAGCUUGGAGAUCUUCCCAAGAGCGAGUUGCGAAUGAUCGAGGCAGAAAUCGACCUUUUGAAGAACCUCCAUCAUGACAACAUUGUCAAAUAUUUAGGUUUCGUCAAGUCGUCAGACUGUCUAAAUAUCAUUCUUGAAUACUGCGAGAACGGAUCUCUACAUUCAAUAUGCAAAAGUUACGGAAAGUUCCCAGAAAACCUGGUCGGUGUCUACAUGGGCCAAAUACUUCUUGGACUUCAGUACCUCCACGACCAAGGUGUUAUUCAUCGGGACAUAAAAGGAGCCAAUAUUCUCACGACGAAAGAUGGCAAGGUCAAACUUGCAGAUUUUGGUGUUUCGACAAGCACACUUGCUGGAGCGGACAAGGAAGCACAGGUUGUGGGAACUCCAUAUUGGAUGGCUCCCGAGAUCAUCCAGUUAUCUGGUGCAACACCUGCGUCUGAUAUCUGGAGUUUGGGGUGCACUGUUAUUGAAUUGCUGGAAGGGAAGCCUCCUUACCACAAAUUGGCUCCUAUGCCCGCCUUGUUUGCCAUCGUCAACGAUGACCACCCACCGUUGCCAGAGGGAGUCUCGCCAGCUGCACGAGACUUUCUCAUGCAAUGUUUCCAAAAGGAUCCCAAUCUCAGAGUAUCGGCCCGGAAACUUCUAAAGCAUGCUUGGAUCGUAGGCUCUCGCCGGACUGAUGCUCCUGUCGCUAAACCCCCUGCCAAUUUUAGCGAAGCUGUUGAGGAGGUCAAGCAGUGGAACGAGGCGUUGAAAUCCCCAACAGGUGGCGGCUCUUUUCGUGCAUCAGCCAGAUCAACUGUUGCCAGUCCACCACCUACUAGACGAGAUCCUCCACUCCGUAACAUUCACAAUGACCAACAGGUGGCAGGGUUGAUUGCUCCAGCAAAAGGCCCACUUUCAUUAGCGAAGCCUAAAACUCAAGCGGAAGCUUUUCGUUCUCCAGAGACCACAGCCGAUGACAACUGGGACGAUGAUUUUGCAACUUCGAUAUCGCCGAGUGCUUUGCAUUUGCCUCAGUUCAAGCCACACGACAACUUUGGCGGCAUGUUUUCCUCUGACCGUCUCAAGGCAUUCGCGUCCUUUGACAUGACCAAUGAUGAGAACGAUAAUUGGGACAACAAUUUUGAAGGUGAUCUGGUUACUAUCAAGGCUCCACGGAAGCACGUGGAGCCCGAUAGUCACGAGCUAGAAACCAUUCGCCCAUAUCGAAUAAAGUCAACCGUUGUUACACAAGAUAUGAGACCAGCUCCGGCUCUCAAGCCUCCCUCGAGAAAGACUUCCAGAAGUGAUCCACCUCGACCGAAAUCUCCCGUCAAAGCUCAAGCAGAACGUAAAUUCGCUCUCCCUGAGAGACCUGCAACAAUGUAUCGGGAGCAGGCUGUUGAAGAUUACUCGGAUUUGUUCAUAGACAACGACAGUGUAUUCGACCGGCGACUGACUACCAUUAAGGAUGACGCCCUUUCACCAAAGCUCUUUCAUCCCUCCGAUCUCACAAGCCUUCCCCGAUCAGCUCAGCCAACAGCGGUCGUCAACGGGACUAUAAGAAGAAAACCCGCACCUCGGGAAGAGCAGGCCAUGCGCAGAACAAGAUCUUCAGUUGAAAUUCAGAGAUAUGCUGAAGACGAAGACGACGAGGACUUCUCGGAUAUAUUUGGUAAGAGCGAUGCCAUUGUAGAGAAGGAUGAGAGUGACCGAGGCUCCGAAAUUGGGGUCGGAGAGCUCAUGCUGCAAUCCAAACUCUCGAACAACUCGUGGCUUGGUGACGAGGACGAUGAGGACGACCCGUUCGCGUCGUUAGAGCAGGGCUUUGAUGAGAUGGAUCUGCAAGCCAACAUUGCUCGAGACAAACAUGCAAGACUUAUUACUUUAGUUGAGGGCUUGGUGAGCUCCUUGAAGGUGACUGAAGAACACGACACAAUUGCUGAUGUAUCUGAACAACUGCUUGAUGUUCUCUACGAGUCAGCUGAUGCAAAGAGCCUCAUUAUAAGUGCGCACGGAAUGCUCCCUAUCUUGGAGAUUCUGGAACCUUGCACUGUCAAAAGCCGGCAAAGUAUGAUACUGCGGCUACUGAAAGUGGUCAAUACGAUUAUCCUGAACGACGUCGAAAUCCAAGAAAAUCUAUGCUUCGUUGGUGGUAUACCAAUCAUCACGAAGUUCGCAGCGAGACAAUAUUCGAACGAGAUUCGAUUAGAAGCUGCUGCUUUUGUGCGGCAAAUGUAUCAGACAUCAACACUUACGCUUCAGAUGUUUGUCAGUGCUGGCGGUCUUAACGUGCUCGUCGAGUUUCUUGACGAGGACUAUGAUGAGGCCAGAGACUUGGUGUUGAUUGGUGUGAAUGGGAUCUGGAACGUAUUUGAGCUGCAGGGCCCGACUCCAAAGAACGACUUCUGUCGCAUCUUCUCGAGGAGCAAGAUCUUAUCUCCAUUGGCGUUGGUUUUGGACCGCGUUCUUGACGAGGACGACGAGCUUUCUGAACUGGUCGAGGGUCGAAUUGUCAACAUUUUCUACUUGUUCUCACAGGCAGAAAAUUACGUUAAGGAAGUUGUGGCAGACCGUGUGGUGUUGAAGCGCGUCCUGAAGGACCUCCGAAGAAUGACACCGGUCCAUCAAAUUACCAUGCUCAAGUUUAUCAAGAAUUUGUCUAUGUUGUCGACUACUCUUGAUAGCUUGCACUCUGCCAAUGCUAUCGAGCUCUUAAUCGACCUCUUAGGUUCGAGCAUGAAGAAGGAUACUGCACAUUUCCGAGAGAUCUCCAACCAAGUUCUCAAUACUAUGUACAAUCUAUGUCGACUCAGCAAAGUACGACAGGAAGAUGCAGCUAUCAAUGACAUCAUCCCAUUGUUACUUCGGAUCAUGAAGACCAAGAGACCGCCGAAGGAAUUCGCACUACCUAUCCUUUGUGACAUGGCUCAUUCUGGAAAGGUGGGAAGAAAAUAUCUGUGGCAAAACAAGGGCCUGCAGUUUUAUGUGACGCUUUUGGAAGACCAAUACUGGCAGGUCACGGCCUUGGAUGCCAUUUUUAUAUGGCUUCAAGAAGAGACCGCCAAGGUCGAGAAAUGUUUACUCGAAGGUAACUUUACAGAAGCUAUCGUCCAGUGUUUUAAUGCACCUAGAGCGAGUGCUUUCGAUAACAAUCUUCUCGAGCCGCUGCAAAAGCUUCUCCGACUCAGCUCACCUAUCGCUGCCUCCCUUGCUCGAUCAGAUAUGUUUUCUGGCAUUCUCCAGAAACUCAACCACAAGAAGGCAGUCGUCCGAUUGAAUUUGCUUCGUAUCGUCCGCAGCAUAUGUGAUACAAGUGACGAAAUAGCUGGCAACGUCCCGAACCACGGUUUAUUCGAGGCCAUUCAGCGUCUAGCCGACGGCGACAAUGCUGUGUUGGUGCGAAACAUGGCCAGCGAGCUCGUAAAAGCGAAUCUGGACAGAGACUCGGAUUGUGGAAGUGGUGCUCGCCCACGUCCUGGUCAGAUUCGGCGGACAUUCACACCGCCUUCACUACAAAACAGUGCAUCGAUGCCCCUCACACCGACUCACAUGAACCGGUCAAAAUCAACUUUUAUAGAAGGAAACGUAACACCCCGUCGCAUGGCCGCACCGUCUAGCGGCACCGAUUCAAUGAUUUACCGCCCGAGAAGUAGAGAGGGUCCUCAGACGGUUCGGCGAACGAGCGCUGAGAUGCCCAACAACUCUUCAUUGGGAAAAAGCCGGUUACCUCGUACAUCCAUGGCCCGUGGAUCGAAGUCCUCGUUGGUUAACGUGUCGGGCGGCGAUGGACCAACAUCGACCUCAGCAUCUAACCGAAGAGAGAACGGUAACGGUGUACGUCUUACGAGGCCUCAAUCACGUUCUGGAGCUUCGUCUGCACCUGGGCCUGCAAAUGGCGGAACAGCGCCCCUACUCAACUCGAAACGCAGGGCACGACAACCGAGUGGGGAGAUCAAGUGGUCUUGA